AUGGCUCCCUACCCUAAUCAUUCUAUCACAAAACCAGAAAUUAAAAUAGGUUUAAGACUUGAUGAUAAUUAUGCUGACACCUUAUUAACAAGAAUCAAAAGUUUAUUACGUACAACUUCAUGUUUUCCAGGAACUCAACCAAUAGAUUUUAAAAAAUGUCAUUUUGAUCUAUUAGAAUCAGAAGAAUAUUAUGUUAGAGAUAAAACUGAUGGAAAACGAUAUAUUAUGUUUUUUACAGCUGUGGACGGUGGUACAGCAUUUAUGAUGGACGAAUUAAAUAAAUUUCGAACAUUGACUGGGUUCAAGCUACCAUUACGUAAUAACCUUAAUCAGUUUCAUAAUGAAACCAUGAUGGACGGAGAGCAUAAUUAA